UUAUACGACGAACUAUGUGUUAUGGAUACUUUGGAAAUGUUCACAUCAAUAAAAACCAUUGCGUGCAACGUCAUAAGAAGGAAAGUAAAUAGAGUUAGAAUUCAACAUUUGUGUUUGUCGCAAAAUGCUUCCGUCACAGAGGCCGACAUUCUAAAUGCAUUAAAAAAAAAAUUUCCGAAGGCAACUGUAGUCGUGGAAGAUACUUCAGGAGGCUGUGGAGCCAUGUUUAAUAUUGUAGUUAAGGCGCAGGAAUUUGAAGGAUUGUCGGUAUUGAAGCAACAUCAAAGCGUUUAUGAUGCCUUAUCGGAGCAGAUUAAAAGAGUGCAUGGUUUACAUCUAGUAACUGCGGGGGCGAAGUAGCAUAUGAUUUUAGAAAAUAGCAAUUCAUAAUUGAAUUGUUUUAUGCCUGCAGUUGUUGAUUUUUUAAUAUUUCUUCCCUAGAAUUAUCUAAUAAAUUGUGAUAAUAAGAAUAAACGUGGUUAUAUAAUUU